AUGAGUGCUGUCAACCCCGUUUCUACCGAAUCAAUAGAAACUGUGUUUUUUAAAGCAACUAGUCCUAUUCACAAAAGUGCGGAUCCAAAUUUAACAAAUUUAUUUUGUUCAAAAGUAAAUGCAGAUCCGGAGGGACAUCAAACAGCUAUUCGUCUUAUAUCACAUAAAAUACAAUCACCACAAGAACAUGAAGCUUUAAGAACAUUAGAAUUACUUGAAGUAUGUGUACAAAGUUGUGGUCGACGUUUCCAUCAAGAAAUUGGAAAAUUUCGAUUUUUAAAUGAAAUGAUUAAACUUGUAUCACCUAAAUAUUUAGGAAAUCAUACAUCGAAUAAAGUAAAAAAGAAAGUAAUCGAAAUAUUAUAUUCAUGGACACAAGCUCUUUCCACAGAAGUGAAAAUAACAGAAGCUUAUCAAAUGUUAAAAAGACAAAAUAUUGUUACAGAUGAUCCAACUUAUGUUGACAAAUGUAUUCUGACUCCACUGUCACAACGACAAAAGUCUAUAUUUGAUGAUGAUGAAAAAAGCCAAACAUUACAACGAUUAUUGAAAAGUCGAAAACCAGAAGAUUUAGAACAAGCAAAUGCACUAAUUAAAAAUUUAGUCAAAAAGGAUGAAGAGAAAACGGAGAAAAUAUCCAAUCGUAUUAUCGAAUUAGAAAAGAUCAACAAUAAUGUACGAGUAUUAACAGAAAUGUUAGUACAUUAUAAUCACACAUCGGUCACUGAUGCUGAAAAAGAAACUAUGAAAUAUCUAUACGACGAAUUAGAAAAACUACGUCCAGUACUUUUUCGAUUAGUAUCGGAAAGUGAAGAUGCCAACGAUGGACUUGGUGAUAUACUAGCAGCCAGUGAUACUGUGUCACGUGUUCUUGGUCAAUAUGAACGUUUAGUUACACAAGGAAGUCUACUACAAAAAGAUGAUAAUGCAUUACAAUUGGAUAUUCCCUUUGGUAAGCAGAGUGGUCAAACUUUGAAUCAACAGUCAACACAAAAAACUUUGAUCGAUUUUCAUGAAGGAAGCAAGACAGAUGCUGAACUAAUGUAUACAUCAUCCUUAAUUUCGAAUGGAACAGCAAGUGACGAAAAAUCUCACACAAGUUCGACAAAUAAUGCAAGAACUGAAUUAGAUGAAUUAUUUUCAUCCAACUUAGUAUUGGGUAGUACAACAUCACAAUCAAAUUUUGGCGAAUUUACAAACGGUUUAGAUAUCACAAAAAAACCAUUUAUUGACGAAAUAGUAGCACAUCAUCCUAUUCGAACAGUUACUACACCAAAAGACAAUCAGUCUCUUCAGUCUUCACAACAUAAACAUCUUUCAUUAUUAGAUGACUCAUUCUCAUUAGCGCCUAAUAACGCAGAUUCUUUACAAAAAUCUCAGCAAGUUGUUGCAUCAUCACAUCAUAAUGAAGUUCCUUCAAUUUCUUCCACAAAUAAAACUUUACCAUCUGCAAGAAAAAAAAUUGAUGAUCUACAAGAUUUAUUAAAUAAAAAUCUAUUUAUACAAGACGGAUCACAAUAUCGACGAACAACAUCACAAAGUUUUAUUCCAUCUGCUCAGGCAGCUCUGGCUUCUAAAAAGACGCCAUUGAAUGAAUUAUCUGUUAAUGUUAAACAACAAUCUCUUACAAGUUCCUCAACCACAGCCGGUGAUUCGUCGUCGAUGAAUGAUAUUCUUCCAUUAACAAAUGUAAAUGUUCCGUUAGAAACAAUAAAACCGUCAAAUCAUUCUCCGGUGACUCUCUUAGAGAAAACUAGUCAUGGUCUCAAAUGUAUUUUGCAUUUUGCACGCGAUUCUCCACGCACGGACAUUUUAGUUAGCGUUUUAUCAGUGACUAAUACAAGUAUGACAAAUCAAAUUAAACAAUUUAUAAUUCAAGCAGCUGUACCUAAGACAAUGCGUGCUAAAUUGCAAACUCCAUCAGGCUCUGAUUUACCUGUUUAUAAUCCAAUACUACCAUCCACAGCUAUUACACAAGUGAUGUUAAUCGCUAAUCCAAAAAAUGAUAAAAUUCGUCUACGUUAUAGAAUCUCUUAUCAAAUCAAUGAUGAUACACAUAUUGAAACCGGAGAUUUUGAUCAAUUUCCAUCCAAUGAUUUACUCUGA